ACUGUUAAUUUAUGGUUAUAUUUUGACUGUGAAUUGUGAUGCAGUUGCUAAAAUAAUCGUGUGUAAUCAUUGUGUAAUUUUGAGAAAAAAGUUUAAUUCGAUAUAAAAUAAAAUGGUUUUAGAUAUGGUAUGUAAUUUUCGCAAAUGCAGAAGAUCCUUAACCAGUCACGCGUGGGUUACGACAUGUUCACAUGCUUUUUGCGUCGAACAUGGUCAACGGGAAUUUAAAAGGAAUGCAGAAAAUUCUCUAACAUGUCCCGCGUGUGGGAGUGAACUGCGCGACAAAUUCGACGUUAUCCAAGCCGAUCUUAAACCAAGUGAGACAUUUAAAUCAAUUGUGUUAGCGGGUUUGAAACCCGACGCUAUCAUGGACGUGGCCAUGCGCGCGAUGUCUUUUUGGUCAUAUCAAGUCGAACAAGAGACGCUAUAUCAAGAGGGUCUAGCAAAACAUGCUAAAGAAAAACUUAAUUGUCUAGAAGAAGUGAACACUCUUAGCGUUCAGAAGUUAAAAGCAGAAUUAGAAACGUACAAACGUAAAAUUAAUUCAAUACAAACUGAUUUUAAUAAGAAAAAGAAACAAUCAGAAGAACUCGCGGCACGUUUGGAAGAAAAAACGAGACAAAUACAGAAGUUAACAUUUCAACUCGAUGCCCAGAAGAGGAAAGACUUUCGAUUACCAAAUUUUGAAGAUAAAAAUGACCACGAUAAUCAGGAGAAAUGUUUCAAUAUAACAGACUUGGUCGCCAAACGAGCAGCAUCAGAAGCUUUUGUAUUUAGACCGAUGAAAGAAACUGACAAUUCAUUCAGACUAUGUUCACCGAAAACUCCUGUUUUCGAUUUCAGAAACAAAAAUAAAAAGCAAGGAUUCCAGUUCAGACCUUUCCAUUCAUAGUUAAUAAAUAUUUUACCAAUGCAUGUGACUAGUAAUAAGUAUUAAGCGUACCUGCAUUUGUUUAAAGUUUAAUAAAAAUGUUCUAAAUUUCAA